UAAUGUUUGAGCUAGUGCCGCGUGGGGGCGGGGCUUGCGCUACCGUUGGCGGACAGAAGGAGCGGAGCCAGCAGUCGGGUUCGUCCGCCUGAACGUCGUGUGUCUCUGGGUUUCCAACAAAUGGCAACGACCGCAGAAGACGUCCGGGAACCGGCGGACGUCGCCGCGCCGUCCUCGCACCCCGGCGGGACCCAGCACCACAACAGCAACAACAACAAUAACAACAACAACAAAGACAAAGAGGCGGCGGGGGAGAGCGCGACCUCCGCAGCCUCCGAACCCGGCGGGACGGCGGGGCAGAGCAUCGGCAACGGCUCGGUCAUCAUCCCCCACGGGGGGGACAACGGCAAGUGGGUCCGGCUGAACGUCGGCGGAACGGUGUUCCUCACAACGCGGCAGACUUUGCUCAAGGAGCAAACGUCGUUCCUGUACCGGCUGUGCCAGCAGCAGGACCUGCACUCCGACACGGAUGAGACUGGAGCCUACGUCAUCGACAGAGACCCCACCUACUUCGGUCCCAUCCUGAACUACUUACGGCACGGAAAACUGGUUUACAACAAGGAGCUGGCGGAGGAAGGCGUUUUGGAGGAGGCUGAGUUUUACAACAUCACUCCGCUCAUCAAACUGAUCAAGGAGCGGAUCGUAGAGAGAGACUCUAAAGCCACACAGCAGGUACCACCCAAACACGUGUACCGGGUUCUGCAGUGCCAGGAGGAGGAGCUGACCCAGAUGGUGUCCACCAUGUCGGACGGCUGGAAGUUUGAGCAGGUCAGCGUGCGCGCCUGCAGAAAGCCCCGCACCGGACUGCUCUGGACUAUGGUGAACAUCGGAUCCUCCUACAGCUACGGGACGGAGGACCAGGCCGAGUUCCUCUGCGUCGUAUCCAAGGAGCUCCACACGCCCGGUUCGGGUCUGGGAACCGAGCAGAGCCACAAAACCAAGCUGUUCCAGAUCCACGGGUCCCGCAUGUAGGAGCGCCCCCCCAACCCAGACUGCUUCCUAAGCCCCGCCCCCUCCGAGUGUCAUCAGCGGACCACCGUCAGAACCGGACCUCAUUUCAUCGAGAUGCAGAACAAUCCUGCUCAGCUGUAGCAACGAAUCGUCAUCCAGUCAUUUCACAGAAACAACAGAGCUUAGUAAGUCACAACCAAAGACCCACAGCCAGCCAGAGGUCAGAGGUCAGCUCUGACCCGCGGUUCUGACCCGCUGUGCAGCUGCUGACAGGCAGCGUCUGGACCCUGACACGUCCCACGUGGCGCCUGUCAGUUCUCCAUCCUCGCUCCCCCCAGCGAUGGAGGCAGCACUUCCUGUUUUUAUUCAGAUAGAAAAUGAACAAACCCGUUCAGGAAAACCGCUUUGUUUCUUCUGUCAUAAAAAACAAGAUGGAGGAGACGAGUCGAGUCCCAUCAGGCUGCGUUUCCAUUAGGAAGAAAAAUACGCAAAUUGAAAUUAUGGAACUAAAUUUGUGUAGUGGAAACAUAAAAAAAACAUCUUUAGGAUAGAAACUUUUAGCGUUAGGACGAGGUUGUUUUUCAUAACUGUAAUGGAAACACUUCACAUCAGAUCAUGUGAGUCACAUGAUCAACAACCAGAUGUUACUGCUGCCGGAAACGACAAAGACGACAACAGGAAGUGGUUGGAGGAUGAUGGCGCUGCAGAUUUGAAUUGCAUUUCUUAUUUAAUGGAAACACAGUAAUUGAUUUUUUUUUACACCAGUGGAAUAUUAACUGUGUUUCCAUUAACCAUAAACUAACAAGAAUUGAAAUUAUGAAAAUAAAUGUGCAUUAUAGACCCAUGACAAUUUUUUUUUUUAAAUGUGUUUUUUAAUAAGUUUUUGAACUCUGAGGUUUUUAACCCUCCUGUUGUCCUAAAAUAACAUUUAGUGGAUCUUUGGGGAGUUUUAACACAGUGGCGGGUCAUUUUGACCCGAGGACAACAGGACAGUUAACCUGUAUCAUAAUUAAUGUAUUUCAUAAAACUGUAUUGAAAACACUUUGUUUGCUUGAUCAACAGGAUGUUACUACUGCCAGAAACCACAAAGACAACAGGAAGUAGUUCUAGGAUGUUUUAACGAACUAUUGCAUGAACAAAACUUCAUGUGUGAUUAAAAUUUAAUUUCUUAUUUAAUAGAAACAGCGCAAUUACAAAAUUGUUUUUUCUUGUACAUUAGCAGAAUAUCAACAAACUUUUGCACACAUUUGUAAUGGAAACGAGUUAAGUCAUUAGAAAUGUUAUCUUCGUCGUUUCUGGCAGUAGUAACGUCCCGUUGUUGAUCAUGUGACUUGUGUGAUGUGGAAAAAGUUUCCUUACAGUUUUGCAAAAUGAACCAAUUUCAAUGCAGCCAAAAACUUACAGAAAACUUUUUUUUUUUAAAUUGGAGUGUUUCCAUUAAGCAAAUUUAUUUUUCAAAUAUUAAAUUGAACAAUUAUAUGGUGAACGGAAAUGGCAGAAUAAGAUGUCAGAGUCUCCUCUGAUUGGAUGAUGACCAAGCUUUUUAAUGACUUAUCGCUUGAACAACUUAUUCAUGUGUGGUUUUCAUUUCAUUUCUUCUUUAAUAGAAACACAGCGAUUGCAAAAUUGUGUUUUUCCAACAUUAACAGAAUAUCAGAAAAGUUUUGGAUACAUUUGUUAUGGAAAUGGAAACACAGGCUGCCGUUCUGCCUCCAUGUUCAGCUUCUUGUUUGAUAAAUGAGAAAAUAUUUGAACAGAUUUUUUAUUAUUUGAAGUUGCAUUAAAGUCCAAAUCAUAAGGAUGUGAGACCAAAUCAGACGGACUGUGUGUAGGUGUGUAUGGACAGGAGGAGACUCAGCAUAUUGGGCCCAUUGUUGGUACAAAAACAAGUAAAAGAGUAAAUAUUGAUUUAGAAAAAAAGCUUAAUCUCAGAAACAACUUCACAAUUUCUGAGAUUUUUACAGCAAAUGGAGAAUUUUAAACUCAAAUUCCUGGGGUUUUUCUCUUAAAAAAUUCUGAGAUUCAUUUAAAAUUUUUAGGAUUUUCAAGCAAAUAACAUUGUUUUUAAUUUGAAAAUUUCUGCCAUUCUGUUUGCAUAAAUGAACUCGUCUUUCUUCUGUCUACAAUGGUCAUAAUAUGCUGUUUAUGUUUAUGGAUAAAUCUUAAACUACAACAAAAAGUUAACUUUGUAAAUACAACCAAUCAAUGAUUAAAAAGACGCUUUUCAAAACAGUUUUAAUCUACAGGAAGUUCUGUCCUGUUGGAAUCAAGAUGGCGGACGCUGAGACAGAUUACGUCAAAAUGUCCGGUUAGAGACAAUCGAGAUUUGAAACCGUCUUUGUGUUGGUAGAUCAGAGCUCCAGUAAACCAAUAAAUGUGAGAAUAGUUCAACUUUAAGGAGUAGAUAAAAAUCGUCUGUUGGUCGUUUUUAUCGUAUCGGUCCGAUGAGUGAAACUGGGCCGAUAUUUAUCGGGUCAUGUGACGCUGAUGCAGCAGAGGAUUAUUUAUUGGCAAACAUCAGCAAUAUUUAUAUCAGCCCACGUUUUCCAGUCGGUGCGUUCGUAGGUGUUUGUUUCAAACAGAGCGGCGGCCAUCUUUGUUUCUCCCGGCCUUUUUAACUCGGAUCAUCCAGUGCCUUGAGUUGAAGCAGGAAGCCCGACCCAACAUGUCUGACAGGCUGGGUUUGUUGCUUCUCUACAUUUUGCUGAUGAAAUGUGGACAGGACAGCUUUGUUUUGCUUUACUUUGAAUGUUUGGUUUUUAUUUUUUGUGUGCAUGGUUGAGGUUUUUAUGAGUUUUGAUUAUUUUCUAUUUAAAACGAUGACCAUCGGGUUUUAGUUGACAUGAAUGUUCUUCCUCCUGGAUUAAGCCGGUGCAUCUCAAUAAACCAAUAAUCUACUGCAGCAGUUACAUUCAGAAAGUCAAACUGAUAUGGAUUUGUUGCACACAGUUACAGUUCAAGUGUUAAUUCAUUUAAAUUGGAAUAUUACCGUCAUUUCCAGACUACAUUGUUUUGUUUUUUCACACGCCGAUGCAGCUAAUAUGUUUAAAAAAAACGUAAUUUCUGAUAUUUUAUGGCAAACAUGAUUUAACUGUUUAAACAUUUUCAGUCACUUUUGAUGCACAGAAAAUCGCCAGUGGCUAAAUAAACAAAGUACACACAUUUUUUUGUUUAGGAUGAACGUUUGCAUUUACUACAGGAGGUUUACAUACAAAAGAAUAUUUUUAGUUAUUGUAUUCCACAAUUUUAGUAGUAAUAAAGAAAUAAAGAACAAAAAAUAUAUAUAUUUCAAAAAGUCUUAAAAACUCAAGUUAAGCACAAUGCUAAUAUUCAAGAGUGACUAUGAAAUUUUUUAUUAUUUCCUUUUCAAACUUGGGUUUGUUCAACAGUCUAAAUUACGGAACACCAAACCAGCUAAAAAUCUAACACUGAAAUGUUCUGUUUCUCCAACAGGCUGUUCAAAAUCAUGGAAAGUUGAGUGGAAGAAAAAAAAUUGGCAGCAAUUUAAGCCACUUUUUAUUAAAAAAUAUUUUUGAUUUGAUUCAGAAUCAACAAGUUUUUGUCCCAAAUCUAAAUAAGUUUGUAUUCUGAAUGAAGUUAUUCUGAAAUGUUUACUGAGAUGCUCCUGUUGCUCUUGAUGCCCGUCAUGGUCGGCAUCAUUCCUGUUGCUGUAUUUCAGUUUUCAUGCAGCUCCUGAUGCAAAAAGCGCCACCUAGUGUUGCACUUUGAAUAUUCUGGUGAAAACCCAGAAACACGAGGCUGAAACGUUUGGACUUUGUUUCAUCAGAGCAGUGAAAUAUUUUCUAAAACAAUUUGACACAUGAAAUGUACCGAUGAAUCUGUACAGGCUGUUUUAACUUCAUCUGAACAACUCUUCACCUUCCAACAGGAAGUUACUUCUAUUUUUAUUUUUAUUAUUAUUUACUGUUGACUGUCACUGUUGUAUACAAAAAUAAAACAUUUCUUUGGAUUGA